AUGCUGAAUGUCCGUUUGUCAUCCGGACAUGCAGGUGAUUGGGACCUGGAGAAGGGGCUGCUGGAGCCAUCAACGCCGGGAGCUCGAUCGGAGCCGCCGAUGUCACCCCACGCAUCGAGGGCGCUGCUUCUGUCAAAUUCCAGCAAGUCUCUAUUGGUUUCGAAUUCCAGCAAGUCUCUAAUGGUUUCAAAUUCUAGCAAGUCUCUUAUGGUUUCGAAUUCCGGCAAGUCUUUGGGCAUCUCCAAUUCCGGUAAGUCUUUGGGCAUGUCAAAUUCCGUCAAGCGGAUGGAUCAGGCGGGGAAGAAGAAGUACGUGCGGCAAGUCACCGGCCGCUUCAACGACACCGAGCUCCACCUGGAGGCGAAGCGGGGUGACGUGGCCGCCGUGCAGCAUAUCAUCGGCGAAAUUGAUGCGCAGAUGAUGGGGACGCUGAGUGGGGCUGAGUUUGAUGCGGAGGUGGCUGAGAUUAGGUCGGCGGUUGUUAAUGAGGUCAAUGAGUUGGGAGAGACGCCGCUUUUCGCCGCCGCCGAGAAGGGGCACCUUGGUGUGGUAAAGGAGCUCUUGCCUUUUACCACCACGGAGGGGAUUUACAUGAAGAACAGGAUCGGCUAUGAUCCAUUGCAUAUUGCUGCUAGUCAAGGCCACCAAGCAAUUGUACAGGUUCUGUUAGACCAUGAACCAGGACUUAGCAAAACACUAGGCCCAUCGAAUGCAACAGCUCUUGUGUCCGCAGCUACAAGAGGGCAUAUAGAAGUGAUUAAGGUGUUAUUGUCUCAUGAUCCUAGCUUGCUAGAAAUUUCUAAAUCCAAUGGGAAGAAUGCAUUGCAUUUUGCGGCACGGCAGGGACAUGUUGAUAUUGUGAAUGCUUUGCUUGACAAGGAUCCACAACUAGUAAACAGAGUUGACAAGAAAGGACAGACUGCUUUGCAUAUGGCCGUAAAAGGUCAUAGCUGGGAGGUGGUGAAGUUGCUCCUUAAAGCAGAUUCAGCUCUUGUCAUGCACCCAGACAAGUAUGGCAAUUUAGCAUUACAUGUGGCCACAAGGAAGAAGCGAACAGAGAUAGUGAAUGAGCUGUUAGCCCAUCCCCGCACAGAUGUGAAUGCUCUAACAAGAGAACAAAAAACUUCCCUUGAUAUAGCUGAAGCACUUCCUUUCUCUGAAGAAUCCACAGCGAUUAAGGAAAGCUUAACUCAGGCUGGUGGUCUCCGAGCCCAAGAACUUAACCAGCCAAGGGAUGAGCUUAGAAACACUGUGUCAGCUAUAAAAAAGGAUGUCCGCACUCAGCUUGAACAAGCCCGCAAAACCAGUAAGAGUGUUAAUGGAAUUGCCAAUGAGCUCCGUAAGCUACAAAGGGAAGGAAUCAACAUUGCAACUAACUCGGUCACAGUGGUUGCGUCACUCAUCGCAACAUUAGCAUUUGCAGCCAUAUUUACUGUCCCCGGUGGUGAUUUAGAUAGUGGGUUGGCUGUGACGGUUGGAACUGCACCGUUCAAGAUGUUUUAUUUCUUCAAUGCCAUUUCACUCUUCGUAGCAUUGUCUGUUGUCGUGGUACAGAUCACCCUUGUUCGGGGUGAGACGAAGACUGAGAGGAGGGUUAUUCAAGUGAUUAACAAGGCAAUGUGGUUGGCCUCUAUGACCACUACAAUAGCAUUUAUAUCUGCAUCAUAUAUAGUGGUUGGUCGACAUAAUCGGUGGGCUGCAGUCCUCGUCACAGUUAUAGGAGGGUGUAUAAUUUCAGCCGUUCUUGGUGUCAUGACAUAUCUUGUGAUGAAGUCCAAAAAAAUUCGUAAAGUGAGAAAGAGAGAGAAGCUUCUUACAAGGACUGGAUCCUCCUUGUACACAGAGGACUCUGGCUCAGAAGUGAAUCGUGUUUACGCCCUUUAA